CACGCCCACCCGCCAACAUCAAGCCAAAGUAAACGGGAGCCCACAACUCUCACAUUCCACACCCCACGCUACCAUUUUUACAGAGCUCACCCUGACUACAUUGCCAGUUGCAUUCACUGUUCCGCUUCCAACUCGACAAAUUACUUGCCUGCCGUCUGGCCUCUCACCUACACUCGCCCGCCCACCAUGGCGCCCCAUCCCGAAAUGUCGCCCAACGAGCGCAGCCUUUCGCCCAUGGCCGUCCGCGACAUGCAUCUCGCCAAAUCCCUCAUCAAGCGCGCUGACGAAAUGUACAAGAACCUCGCGUCUGCCGGCGCCCGCCCAGCAACCAGUCUCAAAGGCCCCGGCUUCCAGGUCCUCUUCGCCCUCAUCGCCGUCGGUAUGACGCUCAUGGCCCUCUGGUUCUUCUUCUGGGCCAAGAACGGCGGCUUCAAGUGGCGCGGCAAAGAUGACUGGGAGGACUACAAGUCGACGGUGAUGCGGAGGAAGGGCCCGGAUGGAAAGACUCUCUCCAACGCUACGAAGAGCACCAGGCUAGGCGGUGGCAGUGUCGUGCAUGGAGGCAGUUAUGGUGCUGAGAGCAGUGUCGGCUACACCGACGAGACGGGCACCAGUGCAGACAUCAACGAGUACCGUGACGCCGAGGAAGGCAAUGGAGGCAUCCGUGGCGGUGACGGGAAGAAGCACAAGAAGAAUCGCCGCGACCACACCAACGACUACAAGGACCCUGAGCUACGCAACUACCGCCACGAGAAAGCAGCCCGUGUCGGCGGCCUCAAUCGCGCCGCCGAUGGCGAGUACACAGACUACUCUGGCUCACAACCCGCCUCGGAGCUCGGCUCCAACGUCUCCAGCAGGCCACUCGUCCAGAAGGAACCCAAAGACCCUAAGAAGGAAGCCAAGGAGAAGGAACGUCGUGCAAGGGAGCGUAUGCGCAAAGCAAAGGCUGCCGAAAAGGACGCCGCUAAGAACGCCGCCGCUGAGGCCAAAGCACGCAAAGAUGCCGAGAAGGCUGAAGCAAAGAAGGCCAAGGAGGAACAGAAGAAGACUAAGAGGACUCGCUCUGAAGCACCUGAAAUGGCCGAAGUCUCCCGCCCGCUCACCGAAUACACUGCAAGCGAAUACACUGCCCCUUCAGAAGCCCCCCGCCCAGCUGUUGCUGGUCCCGCGGGUCCUCGUCGCGCCCCUCCGUCCGCAGCAUACUCGUUCACAAACGGCGACGACACCAGUACCGUCUACACAGGCACCAACACCGUUUCUUCAGAGCAUAACGAAUCGUCCUACUACUCUGACUACCGCCCUAACGCUGAUCCUACCGCCUACAAGUCCCAAGCCAACGACAAGACACGUUCUCGAUCUUCCCGCCCCUCACAAGACCGUCAAUCCCGCCAGUCCCAGCCUCGUACUCGCCCCUCUGGCUCCCGUCCCGCAUCUCAGUCUCCCCGCAAGCAGCAACGUUCCUCGCGCGCUCCUCCGUCUGAUAUCUUCACCGCGGCAAACGGCGACAGCCGCGGCCACAUGUCGUACCCCUGCCACAUUCCCGGCUUGAGCCAGGCCAGCAGCGUUGGAGUAAACGAUAGCGUGAGUCAAGCCGGCGCUCCUACCAAUGCGAAGCGUGGACGGGACGUCAUGGACGGAUAUAGGCGUGGUGGUGUGAGGACUGUAGGAAGGAGGGACAGCCUGAGCGACAGCGACCGUGACUAAAUUGGUGCGUGCGCAUGACUUUGCAUACUUCUGGCGUUUUUCGUUUAGGCAUGGCGCUUUUGAAUCAUAUUGGGAUAGCGACUCGAGGAUGUACAGUGUACAUACAGUGCGUGCGGAGGAUACCAUACAAACAACAGGAUGAACCGGAUGACUAGGAUGAAUGAGUCACAGACCUUAUGUAGCAAUACCAAUCAAUCAAUGAUCUCACGAA